GAUGAACCCCAGAGCUAUGAUGGGCUUGAGAGUUACAGUGUACCUGGAUACCCCCCCACACCGCCAAAUGUUUAUUUCGCACUGCUGAGAGGUACACCUGGACCAGCUCCUGUACACCACAAUUUUCUACAUCUGCGUGCAAUUGAGACCUCAAGUUUGCCUUAUCGCCAUAGAGAAAAGCGCAUUACCGAUGACACUUCCAGUCCUGUUGAGCCGAGCCCAUCUAUUGCAGAUCCUGAAUCGGUAUCUGUUCAUGACUAUGUACGGAAAUUUCAAAACUGGCAGUUGGGUGGUGACAGUUUUUGCUCUCCCAGCGGUGAGGAGGGACUGGAGCUAAGAAUGCAAAUGCCUAAAUCUGAUUUUAUCAGAUUCAGCGAGAUCUUAGAUGUAGGCGAUGACGAAAAGUAGGACUCCCUCUUGACUCUACUUUAAAGUCUAUUACUAAGUAGUAUCAGGUUUCUGAAAAUUUUGUUUAAUGCCUUAACCUCCAUACUCAUCAUCCAACAUAUGCCAACCCCAAUUCAUGAAAAGGUUAUCAGCACUGUCUCUGAAUGGUUCAAUCUAGCAAGAAGUACUCUCCCCAUAUGACUUCAUCAGAGAAUUGCCAUCAUCUACAAUGAAAAAUUCUGCUCCUUUAAAUGUGGUUACAAAGGGUCGCGAAAAAUACCCGAUACCAUGGUUGAGUUGAAAAAUGCAGCAGGAACUCUGGAGGUAAAGUUCAUAUUGGAAGUUAGUUAUGCUGAGAUGUAUAAGGAUCUGGUUUGGGAUGCCAGAAUGUGGUUGGAGGAAACCGACAUCGUGUCUGCGGUAAUGCUAGUAAAAAUGAAUGAGGAUCCUGUUUACCAAAACCCAACCUCACGACUUACCAAUAACGAGUUUGACAACCUAGAAUUUCCUCCAUCUGAAGAAGUUUCCCAGGAACAUUUCUCCCUUGAUGAGGUCCAUGGACAUACUUGUUAUAAAGGUCUACAUUGGGUAGGCAAAAUUACCAGUUCGACCGAAAUCUGGAAACGUCAUCCCACGUCUCAAUGGGCAAUUCGCACAUUCGGCCCCCAUGUAAGUGACUCCUCAAGACUGGUAAACAUGAUGUUUCUGAUAUAGCUAACUUGUAUAGAACCACUUAAACACUGAUAACAUGACCUAUAGUCUCUUUUACCUCUCUGACUUUAUGGAUGUCUCCUUUGAAGAGGACCAUCAUAUUGGCUUUGACUGGGGUCUCUUCCACAGAGAACUAGGAACUUAUAUCAGACAGUUAGCAGUGGAACGGUGUGGUUCAGCGCUCGAAGCUCAUGAAGCAAGAGCGAAUGUGCUGGACUGCGAUUUCCAACCCUCCCCUGCCGCUGGCUCCACAUAG